AUGGCAAAUUUUAACUGGGGAUAUGGAAGAGAAAAUGGUCCUGAACAAUGGAGCAAGAUAUAUCCCUGUGCAAAUGGAAAUAAUCAGUCUCCAAUCAAUAUUAAAACCAAGGACGUAAAGCCUGACAUCUGUCUAAAUCCUAUAAGUAUCUGCUAUGAUCCAGCCGCAGCCAGAGAAAUGAUCAACAUAGGGUAUACAGUCCAAGUAAAGUUUGACGACUGUGAUGAUCUAUCUGUGCUUACAGGUGGUCCUGGCUGUAAAUGCUAUAGGCUCCGAGAACUCCAUUUUCACUGGGGAAGUAUAGAUGAGUGUGGUUCUGAACACGCUGUGGAUGGGGUCAAAUAUUCUGGAGAGAUUCACAUAGUUCACUGGGACUCUGAAAAGUAUUCCAACUUUUCUGAAGCUGUCUCACAGCCUGAUGGACUAGUAAUCAUUGCAGUCUUCAUGAAGGUUGGUCAGGAAAAUCCUAAUCUGAAGAGAAUCGUUGAUACUCUAAAAGCAGUUAAAACAAAGGGCAAAAAAGUUCCAUUCACCAAUUUUAACCCCUGCUGUCUCCUUCCUUCAUGCAUGGAUUACUGGACCUACUGUGGCUCUCUGACCACUCCUCCCCUUUAUGAAAGUGUCACCUGGAUCAUCUGUAAAGAGCCCAUUACGAUCAGCUCAAAUCAGCUAGCACAGUUCCGUUGUCUUCUCUCGAAUGCCGAAUGUGAAGCUGAUGUUCCUAUUCAGACCAAUUGCAGACCACCACAGCCUCUGAAAGGAAGAGUUGUGAGAACAUUCAAUCUGACUGACCCAGAAGAAAACUCACCCUCCGCCAAGUACGCAGCUAUGUUUGUCACACAAUCCAAUAAAGUCACUUUUAGAAAACAGUAA